CCCCCUCGAGCCUCGAGGAGUCCGCGGGGCCGGGGGGAAGAUGGCGGCGGCGGGAGACGGCGGCGGCGCCAGUGGUGGUCGGGGGGGCGCGGGCCUGGGAGGCAUGGCGGGGCCCGAGUCGGGUUCUCCCUCCGAGACGCCCCCUGCGCUGCCCCCCGACGAGGUAGCGGCGCGGCUGCAGCGGAUGCGGCGGGAACUGAGCAACCGCAGGAAAAUCCUGGUGAAAAAUCUGCCCCCAGACUGCGGCUGCCAGGAAGUUCAUGAUUUGUUAAAAGACUAUGAGUUGAAGUAUUGUUAUGUUGACAGAAAUAAACGAACGGCUUUUGUUACCUUACUGAAUGGAGAACAAGCCCAGAAUGCAAUUCAGAUGUUUCAUCAAUAUUCUUUUCGAGGCAAAGAAUUAAUAGUUCAGCUCCAGCCUACCGAUGCUUUGCUGUGUAUUACCAACCUGCCCAUUUCUUUUACAUUAGAAGAGUUUGAAGAACUUGUUCGUGCCUAUGGAAAUAUCGAGAGAUGUUUUCUGGUCUACAGUGAAGUAACUGGCCAUUCCAAAGGCUAUGGGUUUGUGGAGUACAUGAAAAAAGACUUUGCUGCAAAGGCCAGAUUGGAACUGCUCGGCAAACAACUGGGAGAAUCUGCACUCUUUGCACAGUGGAUGGAUGUUAAUCUUUUGGCUUCAGAGCUCAUUCAUUCUAAGUGCCUUUGUAUAGAUAAACUCCCUAGUGACUACAGAGAUUCAGAGGAGCUGUUUCAACUUUGUUCCAGAAUCCAUAAACCUAUAUUUUGCCAGCUUGCACAGGAUGAAGGCAGUUACGUUGGUGGCUUUGCAGUGGUUGAGUAUCACUCUGCAGAGCAGGCCGAGGAGGCCCAGCAGGUGGCGGAUGGCAUGAUGGUCAGCGGGGGCAGAGUCCAGGUGUCCUUCUGUGCUCCAGGCGCGCCAGGACGAAGCACCUUAGCAGCACUGAUAGCGGCACAGCGUGUGACACACAGUAAUCAAAAGGGAUUACUUCCAGAGCCUAAUCCUGUACAAAUUAUGAGAAGUUUAAACAACCCUGCCAUGUUACAAGUUCUUCUGCAGCCGCAGCUGUGUGGACGAGCUGUCAAACCAGCAGUUCUGGGGACACCUCACAGCCUGUCCCACCUGGGGAACCCGUCCAUGUCCCCUGCGCUUUUGCACCUGAGUAAAGCGCAUCAGAGCUCAGUUAUGGGUAGUACUUCUAAUUUAUUCCUUCAGAAUCUGACUCAUGUAUCCCUGGCACAACAACAAUUAAUGAAGUUUGAGAAUAUCCCUACUAAUAAUAAGCCUGGCUUACUUGGCGAGCCCCCAAUUAUGGUCCUGCCAAAUGCUCUAGGGCUAGGGCCUGCACUUCCACUGAAGGCGGAGCUGGCACAUCAUGGAGAGGCACGCAAAACUCAGACAGCUGUGGCGGCCGGGAUGGGCAUGUUGCCUUUCUUCCCGGCUCAGCACACUGUUGGACAGUCUGGGCCCGGGCCCGGCAGUGCCCAGGAGAAGCAGCCAGCCACGAUGGGAACGGCAGAUGGCAAUUUCCCAGUGUCACAGCCUUAUCUUCAGAGCUUCCCAAACCUCCCCGCUGGAGGCCUGCUGCCUGCACACCAGAAGCAGCAGAGCCAGCCCAAAGGUGCAGAGAUAAAUCCAGAGGCUGCUGCUAAGAAUCAGACUUCACUCUUGGGGGAACCUCCAAAAGAAGUCCGGCUCAGUAAAAAUCCAUAUUUGAACCUGGCGAGUGUGCUGCCCAGCGUGUGCUUGCCGUCUGCUGCAAGUAAACCCCCCCUUCCUAAGACUGGAAUGGCACACAGCAUUCUGGAUACAAUCUCUCAGGGAAGUGAGUCUCAGCAUGCGCUGGACAAGUGCAUUGCCUAUUCCCCAGCUUUCGGUGAUUACGCACAGAUGUCUUCUUUGAGAAAUGAAAAGCGAGGCUCUGCCUAUCUCAUCUCGGCCCCGGGUGGCGGCGCAGUGGAAUUCCUUGACCAGCAUUCUCAGGGCACUGGAGCUUAUUGCUUGGAAACCUACUUAAAAAAGAAGCGAGUGUGCUGAGCGCCGUGUUCUGUCACCUCCUACGGUUCUCUGCAGUACCUCUGCUGUUCAUCACUGCCUUAACUUCAUUCAGUCUAGCCAUAUCCUUUCAAUACGGGUUUCUGAUUUCCCAGAAGGAACUGUGUUGUGCAGCAGGCGGAAUUGCCAAACUUCAAAGAAGUAGCAAUAAGAAGAGACAUUCACUGAGGAUGCAUUUCCACUAGAAUUAGAUCUGUCCUAAUCCAUGUGACAUUAGCACACAGACCACUGGAGAAACAAUGUUCUAAUAUUCCUUGUUUAGGACUGGGAACAAUUUUGACGUCGCAUACAAAAGUUUGAAGCAAUAAAUGGGAAACAGUCUUGUUUCCUUAGCCUUAGAAUGAAUUUCUUACAAGCCACUGUGCAUUUUAAUGCACUUUCCCUAGAAGUAAUCUCCUUUACUACAUUUGUAGGACCUGCCUUUCCUAGAACCAUCAGGGCGCAAGUACCAAAUGUGGUGAUGGCAUCACAACCAAGAUGAUCGUUGUGCACACUCCAUGACCAUAUCCACACCAGCCGUGCUAGGCUGGGCCCAACAACUGUGGCCAUGACACUAUCUGACGCAGUUCUACCUACUACCAUUUGUACCUUCUGUGGCAAAUGCAAAAUAUUUUAAAAGGUAACUUUGGUGAUCACAUUCGGGAGAUGGGCCAGUUUGGCCCUCUACCCAUCUGUGCUACCUGCAAGCUAAGAAUGACGUUUACAUUUUUAAAUGGUUGGGGGGAGGGGGAGACUGAUGACAGGAAACUUACAUGAAAUUUCAAUGUCCACAAAAUUUUAUUUGAUUGGAACAGAGGCAAGCUCAUUUAGGGAACCAAGUAGCUUUGACACAAGACCAUAAAGCCUGCAAAGCCUAAAAUAGUUACUACCUGGCCCCGCAUAGAAGUUUGCUGACUCUUGGCCUUAAUGCCACUAAUUCCCUAUUAUUUCAGCUAAAGAAAGACCUUCAACCUUUGCAUGUGACAAAGGUUUCUGUGCCAUCUUUCAGAGCAGACUAGUGAUGAUCACCAAAUGCCCUCAUUCCACAGUGCACUAAUUGUCCAUACUGCCCUUUCUGAAGGAGUCCUGGGAGGUGUUUGUAACUAUUUAGAGCUAAUUAGCUAUGCUUAACCCUGGUUUCUUUGGUAAUAUGUUUGGGUGGGAAAAAAAAUUAGCUCUUUAACCCACUUAAAGAAAUUUUUGUCUUAAUGUGACUCUGACAGUGCUAUUUUCUGAAGAUCUUGGUAUUAAUUGCAUGAAAAACCCUUUGCUAUCCAGAAAUUUCUAAGUUUGUUCACUGCUCUGAGACUAUAAUUGGUCAGAGUUUGGAAUCUCAAUGAUCCUAGUCUUUAGGAGCAAACAGAUCACUGAAGUAGCUUGUCAAUUUAGAGGACUCUUGUUUUUGACUUUUGAUACUGACAUCUCACUUUAGUUAUGAAGCGUAGAACUGGUACAUGUAUGCUUUGUAGAGAAAUUUACUGGUUAAUUUAUUGCCUAUAUUAGCAUCAGUUGCAAGAUGACAGCUAGAACAUUAAGACAAUUCCUAGGAUGUAUACUACCUAUAAAUAACCAGACAGGACCCACUCCACAGCAAGUGGCUAGUGGUCUCUCCUUCCCUGUACUUCUUCCAUUUUCCUGUUGGAUUUGGCCUCUUGGGCACCCGGUUGGUUACUCCUCUACUACAGUGUAAAUAGAGGAAAGGGAAGAUGGUUUUACAUCACAGCAGCAACAAAGAGAGCAGGAAGAGGUUGAAAGAACUAAAACGAUAUUUUGGAUUACAGCACUUGUGGAUUUGCCAUCCAUGCUGGUCUUUGCCCCACUACCAUUGGACUUAACAUAAGUACAAAUCAAGUUGUUUUAGUAACAAAGACCAUUAUUAACCAUUCCCCCUUAAAAUCUAUAUUGUUAUUUUUCUAUGUAAGCAAAUUGUUUGAAAUGCUUUGAAAGUAAAAAGUUAAUAUUAAAAGGCAUAUGCAUGUAAA